GCGUGGAUGGUGUUGUUUUUUUGUUGCGACAACAGUCCGCGCUACCUUAGAACAACAGUAAACCCGAGACAGAAGUUCACAGAAAGAGCUAUUUAAAUUCCUUAUCUGGGUUCAUCAUGUCUGUGAAACACGUCAUUAGCCGAGGGCUGGAGCUCGGCCGGUCCUUUCUUCAGAUUGGUCUCCUUAAAUCAGGCGGCCGAGUCGCAGCAAAGCUCCGAGCUGACCGUUUCCGUGUCGGCCCGUCGGUCCGCACCGUUCAGCCUCAGGCUUUCCUGCCGGCCCGGUACCGCUAUUACCGCACCUCUCUGAGGGGUCUGGCGGCUCAGCUUCAGUCCGCCGGUUUUAGAAGGAGGUUUACCGGCGCGUCGCCUCGGAACAGGGCCGUGUUUCUGGCUUUUGGCCUCGGCGUGGGGCUUAUCGAGCAGCAGCUGGAGGAGGACAGACAGAGCGCUGCAACAUGUCAAGAAAUACAGGCUGUGUUUAAGAAGAAAAAAAUCCAGAGCACACUGAGACCUUUCACCUCUGGAUUCAAACUAGAGGACUACGUUAUAGGGAACCAGAUUGGUAAAGGCUCCAACGCGGCCGUGUACGAGGCUGCAGCUCAGUUUGCUCACCCUAAGAAGAUGGAGAGAGACUCCACGCUAGUGGAACUACGGGACAAUGAAGUGGAAGUCCAGAAUGUGCGAUCUGCAGCAUGCUGCUCCUUAAGAAACUUCCCUUUGGCUAUCAAAAUGUUGUGGAACUUUGGGGCUGGAUCUUCAAGUGAGGCAAUAUUAAAAUCUAUGUCACAAGAACUUGUCCCAUCUGGUCCUCUGGCCUUAAAACAGGAAAAAGAGCACAUUACUCUGGAUGGACAUUUCGGAGUGCUUCCCAAAAGAGUUUCAGCUCACCCAAACGUGAUCAGAGUGUAUCGGGCUUUCACCGCAGACGUGCCAUUGCUACCAGGUGCGGAGGAGGAAUAUCCAGAUGUGCUGCCAGCUCGGCUCAACCCCGCAGGCAUCGGGAACAAUCGCACUCUUUUCCUAGUUAUGAAAAAUUAUCCUUACACACUGCGGCAGUACCUGCAGGUUUCCACACCCAACCGCAGGCAGGGCUCUCUUAUGGUGCUGCAGCUUCUGGAGGGGGUAGACCAUCUGUGCAGGCAGGGUGUUGCUCACAGGGAUCUGAAGUCAGACAACAUACUGCUAGAGUUUGACUCAGGUGGCUGCCCCCGUUUAGUAAUUACUGACUUUGGCUGCUGCCUGACCCAGAAUGACUCCAGCUUACAGCUUCCUUUUAACAGCAUGUGGGUCAGCAGAGGAGGAAACGCUUCACUCAUGGCUCCUGAGGUGGCGACUGCAGCUCCAGGUCCUGAUGUGGUGAUUGACUACACCAAGACGGAUGCCUGGGCUGUGGGGGCAAUCUCCUAUGAGAUAUUCGGACUGCAGAAUCCUUUCUACGGACCUGCAGGAUUGCACAGCACAAACUACCAGGAGAAGCAGCUACCUCCUCUUCCUGCCUGUGCUCCAGCGGAUGUUCAGUUGGUCACUAAACUGCUACUCAGGAGGAACCCAAACAAGCGCCCCAGUGCUCGUGUUGCAGCUAACAUGCUGCAUCUCAGCCUCUGGGGUCGCAAAGCCCUAGCCAAUCAGGACAGCGCUGCCAUGAGAAAGCUGGUUGAUUGGCUGCUGUGCCAGUCGGCUGUGGUACUCCUGCAGGGCUGCAGCGGUCCCAGUGGAAACAGAGUGGAGGCGGAGCUUCAGAGGAGCUUCCUGUCUAACCUAGAUCUAGAAGAACUGCGUGUUGCUGUGGGCUUCCUCCUUUAUGGGCAAGAUCAGAGCAGGGUCUGCAUCAUGUUUCCAUAAAUUCACUGAAAAUUCUUGUGUGUUUAGUUAAUAAGCUAGUAUAAGUGUUAGUGUUAUGCGUCGUUUCUACGAUGCAGUUGGAGCACUUUUGUGGAUUGUAUUAUCCUUCUCCUGUGCGUUAUACACAAUAUCCCACACAAAUCUUCUGUUGUGUUUCACUUAGCAUAAAUCUAUUUCUAACCAGUGCUCUGCAUUUAAAUCUCAGGGUAAAAGACAUUUGUGUCUCUGCAUCUGUUUUUCUUAAUGUAGUUCCCCCAAAAUGAGUUGUUAAUGAUACAGAAUACUGAUGGCUACUUGUAGCGGGGUUGUUAAAGAUGCAAUAUAUUU